AUGGUCCAGAGAUACGGCUUCGCGCAUGUGAUGCGGGUCCGUGCUUCCGGCUCACUAGUUAGAGCUAUCUUUUCGGCCACAGCAGCUUUCUUCCUGAACACGCUCGCUCUGAACACACCUGCGAACAUGACGCCGAAGCGCAAGCACGAAGCUGCGGCCGUUCCCAGCACAGCCAAGAGACCUCGCAACACGGCUGAAAAGAACAAGAAGACUGAGCCAAAGAAAACAGGCAGGUCGACUACGGUCGCAAAGAGUAAGAAGUCGCGCAACAUACGCAAAGAUGUGAAGAACGGAAAGCCCAAGACCCCAGGCUUCUUCCGCCUUCCUCCAGAAUUGCGCAAUCGCAUCUACGAAGAUGUGCUCAUCGAGCCUGGCUCCAAGCGCACCGACGUUUCCUCCAAGGUCGUGGAGCCAGCCCUUCUGCUCGUAUGCCACAAGAUCCGCGACGAAGCACGCCCAAUGUGGUACCUCCAGAACCGCUUCGAGAUCACGGUCAUGAAUUGCAACGCCGCCAAGCUCAUCAAGUUCAUCGCCCGCAUCGACUCGAUUUCCGCAGACGCCGAGUGUGACUUGUUGAUCACAUUGGACGGCGAUCGCAGCCGCUACAAUGUGUAG